AUGGAUACUUUGGGCAGUCUUCUUCCUCCCGUGGUUGGAAAUGGCGAUACGGCUAAUUCACAAGAAUUGCAAAAACUUCUGAUUGAUGAAAAAAUGCGAUGUGAACACCAUAAAGCAAAUUAUCAAACUAUAAAGGCAGAACAUUUAAGAUUACAAGAGGAAUACACGAAAUCACAAGAUGAACUGAAGCGGUUGUUAGUUGAAAAGCAGACUGUACAUGACAAAUUUCAAUUUCUUCUUGCUGAAUAUCGAGAGGAGUUGCUGAGUAAAACACAAGAGCUGGAAAAAUUGAAGAUGCAGGUGCUAACUCCUCAAAAAUUAGAACUAAAAUUGGAAAAAUACAGAACAGAAUAUAACAAACUUCGUUAUGAACACACUUUUCUGAAAUCAGAAUUUGAACAUCAAAAGGAAGAACAUGCACGUAUUUUAGAAGAGAAGAAAAUAAAAUACGAGGCUGAGAUUGCAAGGCUGGAUAAAGAUAAAGAAGAACUCCAUAAUCAGCUGCUUAGUGUUGAUCCCACGAGGGACAGUAAACGUGUGGAGGCACUCUCUAGAGAAAAGGCACAACUAUAUCAAAAAUUAAAAGGCUUAGAAGCAGAAGUAGCAGAACUAAGAGCAGAAAGAGACAAUUGUGGUGUGCAAGCAGAAAAUGUUCAAAGAGUACAAGUACGACAGUUAGCUGAGAUGCAGGCUAUGGCAAGGUCUCUAGAGGCAGAAAAGAAGUCUGCUGAACUACAAAUUGAUCGAAUCGAGAAAGAACUGCAGAUGAGUCAUGAGCAAAACAUUCUCUUAACUAGCAAACUUCACAAAUCUGAACGAGAAGUCAAUUCCUUAGCUACUAAAGUAGAAGAACUUAAACAUUCACAUAAAUUGGAAGUAACAAAUGUCAAACUGGAGGCAGCAAGAACAAAGAGUGAGGUAGAAAGAGAGAGAAACAAGAUCCAAAGUGAAAUGGAUGGAUUGCUGUCAGACAAGGAAAUUCUUAAGGCAGCUGUUGAACGUCAUAAGGUGCUUUUAGUAGAAAAGGAUCGGGAGCUAAUUCGUAAAGUGCAAGCUGCCAAAGAGGAAGUUUUUGAAAAAAUUGCAGCCUUACAGGAUGAAAAGUUAGAACUCGAGAACAGAUUAGCGGAUCUAGAGAAAAUGAAACUGGAACAAGAUACUUGGAGACAAUCUGAAAAGGAUCAGUAUGAAGAGAAACUACGUGUUGUACAGAUGGCAGAAGAAUCUAGCAAAAAGGAACUGCAGCGUUUGCGGUUAAAAAUUCAACAGCAAGCUAUUCAGACAGAGGAGUUGGAAGAAAAGAAACGUGAAAGUGCUGAUCUGAAACAGCAAAUUCAUGACAUGCAACUCCAGCUUGCCUCGCUUUCUCAAUCAGAAAAUGAUUUGCUGGAGUCUAAUCAGAAGCUGAAGGAAAUAAUAGAGAGAUUGAAACAAGAAUGUCAACAUGCAAGGACUCAGGCAGAAAAAGCUCAACUGGAAACAGAGAAGACUUUAGAAUACAGACGUAUAGAAUGGCUGGAGGAGAAGCAUGUACUUACUCAGCGCAUCACAGAGAAAGAAGAGAAAUACAACCAAGUGAAGAACAAGCUAUGUCGAGCUGCUGUUGCUCAGAAAAAGAGAAAGACUCUCACUGAUAAUAAACAAAGGAGGAUGCAAGAGAAACUAGAACUUCUGGAAGCCAAGAUAGAAGAGCUAGAAAAAGAAAACCAGGUGCUAAACAGGCAGAAUGUUUCCCAUGAAGAAUAUGCACGGCUCCAGAAGAGACUAAAGGACUUGCAACGUCGGCACAAUGAAUUCCGGAGUUUAAUUCUGAAUCCUAACAUACCGUCGCUCAAUCCUGUCAGUAUAAUGUCAUCAUCUGCCUUGCCUCUGGGGCCUGAAGCGUCCUUCCCCCUUCUUCAGGAGGAACAGCAUCAAAGAGAGCUUUCACUGCUUCGCAAGCGGUUGGAAGAACUAGAAACAACACAGAGAAAACAGCUGCAAGAUCUUGGACCAUCUAGAGACCGAGUAACGGGGAGCGCAUACAGGAACUUGGCUAGAAACAAGAUCGCUGGAGAAGGCGAUGCACAAAGAUUAAUUUGGAAAAAGUACCUGUCUGCACCUGAGCCAGCUUUGCCAAACGCGGCCGCGCUGCUGCCAAAGCGUGGUGAGCAUUCGCCAGCACUGGCGGGCUAUGUGCCACGGGAUUGUGCCUGGUCCCAACUUCUGGUCGCCACUGCAGCCAAACCAGCCAGCUUUAGUACUGCUGCACCGCAGCCGCUGGGCUCCUCCAACGCAGUCGCACACACUAAUAAACAUUUCGAGCGCUCCGCUGCCUGGGAGCCCCGCGUGGGCGUCUCUGGCUGGUCACAGCCCCAGCACGGGCUUUUGAUACUAAACUUGGGCCACCCGCUGCCAUUCACAGCCCGUGGCACCCCGGUCGCUGCCAAGGCAGGGGACGGUUCUGCCCUCGCCGCUGCGCUACGCCACUCACCUGCAGUGGUGGGUCUCUCCAGAAAUGUGUGGAAACGUAUCAUCUCACCAACGCCUUCCCUCAGAUCUAAGGCAGCCUUAGUAAGUGCCUCCGUGUGA